GGUUUGGGCAGAGCGCUAGUCAGCCGGUUCCUGCGUGGGGUGCUAUCACGCGGCCUUGCAGGUUCCGAAAAGCGCGCACAGCCGGUUCCCGGUGAGCGUGCAGCCAUGCCCGCGGAGCGGCCGGCGAGCAGCGGCGGGUCGCUAGCUGCAGAAAUGGCCGAGCAGCCCGAGACUGUGGUGAUUACCCCAGCCAUGCUGCAGGAGGAGCAGCAGCUCGAGGCCGCGGGACUCGAACGCGAGCGCAGGAUGCUGGAAAAGGCUCGCCUGUCUUGGGACCGAGAGUCCAUGGAGAUUCGGUAUCGGAGACUUCAACAUUUGCUUGAAAAGAGCAAUAUCUACUCCAAAUUCUUACUGACUAAAAUGGAACAGCAGCAGAUAGAGGAACAGAAGAAGAAAGAGAGAGUGGAAAGAAAAAAUGAAUCUCUGAAAAUUGCAAAGGGUAAAAAUUCAGUUGUUGCAAGUGAAGAGAAUCCAGUCAUAAAAAAGAAAAGAGGAAGAGAAGAUGAAUCCUACAAUAUUUCAGAAAUCAUGUCAAAAGAGGAAAUUUUAUCUGUGGCCAAAAAAAAUAAAAAGGAGGAUGAGGAUGAGAGUUCCUCCUCUACUAAUAGAUGUGUAGAAGAGCUUCAGAAAAAUAAAGACUCAAAUACCGUGAUUAAAGAUCGAUUGGCUCAAACUGUUAGGCAGAAUACUAAGUUCUUCUUUGACCCAGUUAGGAAAUGUAAUGGACAGCCAGUACCCUUUCAGCAACCAAAGCUUUUCACGGGAGGGGUGAUGCGGUGGUAUCAAGUAGAAGGCAUGGAAUGGCUCUGGAUGCUCUGGGAAAAUGGAAUUAAUGGCAUUUUAGCAGAUGAAAUGGGAUUGGGUAAGACUGUUCAGUGCAUUGCUACAGUUGCAUUGAUGAUUCAGAGAGGAGUACCUGGACCUUUUCUUAUCUGUGGCCCUUUGUCUACACUUCCUAACUGGAUUGCUGAGUUCAAAAGAUUCACACCAGACAUUCCUGUUAUAUUAUAUCAUGGAAGCCAGAAGGAGCGUCGCCAGUUGGUAAGGAUUAUUCACCAAAAAAACGGGACACUGCAUAUUCAUCCUGUAGUGAUCACAUCAUUUGAAAUAGCCAUGAGAGACCGGAAUGCUUUACAGCAUUGCCUUUGGAAGUACUUAAUAGUAGAUGAAGGACACAGGAUUAAGAAUAUGAAUUGCCGUCUAAUCAGGGAGUUGAAACGGUUCAAUGCUGAUAACAAACUUCUUUUGACUGGUACUCCCUUGCAGAACAAUUUAUCAGAGCUGUGGUCAUUGCUAAACUUUUUGUUGCCAGAUGUAUUUGAUGACUUGAAAAGCUUUGAGUCUUGGUUUGAUAUUACUAGUCUUUCUGAAACUGCUGAAGAUAUUAUAGCUAAAGAAAGAGAACAGAAUGUAUUGCAUAUGCUGCACCAGAUUCUAACACCUUUCUUAUUGAGAAGACUGAAAUCAGAUGUUGCUCUUGAAGUUCCACCUAAACGAGAAGUAGUGGUUUAUGCACCACUCUCGAAGAAACAAGAAGUUUUCUAUACGGCCAUUGUGAAUCGGACAAUCGCCAACAUGUUUGGAUCAAGUGAGAAAGAAACAGUUGUGCUAAGUCCUAAUGGGCGACCAAAACGGCGAACUAGAAAAUCAAUAAAUUACAGCAAAAUAGAUGAGUUUCCCAAUGAAUUGGAAAAAUUGAUCAGUCAAAUACAGCCAGAAAUAGGCAGAGAAAGGCCUGUUGGGGAAGUGAAUGGCCCUCUAGAAUCCGAAAUAGAUCUGAAGCUGCAGAACAUAAUGAUGCUGCUUCGGAAGUGCUGUAAUCAUGCAUAUCUGAUUGAAUACCCUAUAGACCCUGUUACGCAAGAGUUUAAGAUUGAUGAAGAAUUGGUUACAAAUUCUGGAAAAUUCUUGAUUUUGGAUCGAAUGCUGCCAGAACUAAAGCGCAGAGGUCAUAAGGUGUUGCUUUUUUCACAAAUGACACGGAUGUUGGACAUUUUGAUGGAUUAUUGCCAUUUUAGAAGUUUCAACUUUAGUAGGCUUGAUGGGUCCAUGUCCUAUUCAGAGAGGGAAAAAAAUAUGCACGACUUCAAUACAGAUCCAAAUGUAUUUAUCUUCUUAGUAAGUACACGAGCUGGUGGCCUGGGUAUCAAUUUGACUGCAGCAGAUACUGUUAUCAUUUAUGACAGUGACUGGAACCCUCAGCCUGAUCUUCAAGCCCAGGACAGGUGUCACAGAAUUGGCCAGACAAAGCCCGUUGUUGUGUACCGGCUUGUUACAGCAAACACCAUCGACCAGAAGAUUGUGGAACGAGCAGCAGCCAAAAGACGGCUGGAAAAGCUCAUCAUCCACCGAAAUCAUUUCAAAGGUGGUCAGUCAGGAUUAAAUCAAUCUAAGAAUUUCCUAGAUCCUAAGGAAUUAAUGGAAUUACUAAAAUCUAGAGAUUAUGAAAGGGAAAUAAAAGGAUCAAGAGAGAAAGUCAUCAGUGAUAAAGAUCUGCAGUUGUUGUUAGACCGAAGUGACCUUAUUGAUCAGAUGAAAUCCUCAGGACCAGUUAAGGAGAAGAUGGGAAUAUUCAAGAUACUAGAAAAUUCUGAAGAUUCCAGUUCUGAAUGUUUGUUUUAAAUUGGAGCUAAUGGUAGCUUAAGUUCCUGUUUACAUCUAGUGAUUUACUUAUAUUGGUUUUCAAAUCCAGAUUGUCUGCUUGACUUUUUAAGUUAAAUUGGUUUACAUAAUGUAAGUAGUACCCUUGUAUAUUUAAUAGAUUAUAAUUUCCUGAGCCUUAUUAAGAACAAAAUUUGUCCUAAAUUUAAACUUUUGUUAAUUUUUGAGGCUAGGUAGUAUUCUUGGGUAUGGUCUGAUAUAUGCUUAACCAUUGCCAGAUUUAUACAGUCUUCCUGUGGAAGUUUAGUAAAUGUCUUUUACCCCCUUUCUUUUAGCAGUCAGUUCCAAGGGGGUUUGAUACUUCAGUUAUGGAGUAGGCUUUCAAUAAGGGCUUAUUGGAGUUAUGCUUUCUAUUGUUGAAAUAAGAAAUCAUUUGAUUUUAGAGACUUAAAGAUCCUUUAUCAAAUUUUUGUUAUAAGAUCACCUUAUCAAAGUAUUUCAUGAGAGGUUAUAGUUCAGGUAAAAUAGAGAAGCUCUGGAAAUUUAUAAUAGUAGAGGAAAUACAACCAGGCAAAAGAAAAUAAGACAGAGAAGUCAACCAAAAUCUGUAAUCAACGAACAUAAAAUCUAAAAAGGGAACAGUUUAGGUGCUGCAUAGAAGGCUAUGAAAAAGAGAUCUAGAAUACACUCAGGAUGGGAAAAGUGCUCCCUGAGCCGUAGAUUUCUGAACAGGUUAAUAGGAAAUGUUAUCUUUUAUGUUCAUAAGCAGAUCAGAUGAUAAUGGAACUAAAGCUCAAAAGAAAAAAAAAAUUUUUUUUAAGAAAAAUGUUUUGAGAGAACAUUUACUCAAAAGAGCAACAUAGAGCAACUUUUUCAUUUUGUCUUAGUAAGUCAGGCUUUGCCAGUCACAUAAGCAUGCUGACAAGUAUUGCCUGAAAUUUGUUGUCACCGCUUCAGUGAGUUGCUUAGUAGUUGCAUGUACUUUUUCAGUCUUGUUUUCUUACGUUGUCCUGAUUAACUGUCAUAGCUUUAUCUCUGUUCUUUUUCUUU